CGCACCGCCGCAAGGACAAGUUGUUAAACGUACAAAGAGAUUCUCGUACUCGGGCGUUUUUGCGCGUUGUUUCCGUGGCUGUUCUUCUCCGUUCUCGCUGGUAAGAUCUUCAAUUGCCUCUGAUAUUGUCGAGGUUAUGUCUGAUCAGAUCCGCGGAAGGAGGAAUCGAAUCUCUCUGAAUUCGGCUAUUGCCGCUUUUGUCUCUGAUUGAAUUGAUUGCCAUAUCUGGAUUAAGGAGUCUUGUUUGUGGCCCUUUUCGUCUGGUUUUCUUUAUUGCAUUUGUAACUGUUUUUCGUAGAUCUAGGGUUUUCCGUUUGAGGAAUUUGAGUUGAUUUGUGCUUUGUGUUUGAUUGGGGAUUUCGUUCCUAUCGUUCUUUUUUUAGUCUGAAUUUAUUAAUUGAGAAGGGUUGUGGUUGUUGUUAUUGAUUGAUAUGGCGGCAGCCCGGGUUGAUGUCUUUAGGAGAAGUGAUGUUGGGAGAUUGAAUCCGGGUCAGAGUCAUGCUCUUCCAGAUGAGAAUGGAUAUAAUUUUCCAUCUAGCAGGCACCGCUUGGCUUCCCAGAAGAACAAUCGGUGUGAAUUGGAUCCGAGACGAUGUGAGUUAGAUGUGUCUUUGAAGGAAGGUAGAACAUGGGCUUUGAAUGAUGGGGAUAAACAGCCCCCUCAGAAGAAGAGGAAGUCUUCUCAUAUUGAAUGUGGCAUAAAAGGGAAGCAAGUAAGGGUUUCAUCUAGGAACAGGGUUUUGUCAUCAUCUACCACUCUGUUGUCUCCAGUUUCUGAUGUUGAUUUAUCUCCCACACUGUCUCCUCCGCAAUUUCAGGAUGUUCAGCUGGAACAAGUUUUAGCAGGGGAAGUUGUUCAAGCGCCUAACUUACUCACAUCACGUUGGGCAUCUGAUAGCGAUGAUGAAGAUGUGGUCCAAAGCGAGAAAAAUUGUAGGAGUUCAAGUCUCGAAAGUGGCGAAUUUAAAAUUGAGGACUUGGAAGGGGACUGCGUGGUCUCAAACCAUUCUAAUGAACGAAGCGUCAGUGGCUUGUCUACUUGUGAAGAUAUGGAAUUUAAGGCUGACUAUGAUUCUGUUAUGGAGUUUGAUAGCAUGGAUAAGGAGGAUGUUGCUGAUGAGUCAAAUUCAGAUGCUGAAGAGCCAACAGGAAGAUGUUGCAGAAGUGUUUUUGAUUAUGAAAGGCUGAACAAAAUUAGCGAAGGUACUUAUGGUAUUGUUUACAGAGCUAGGGAUAAGAAGACCGGAGAAAUUGUGGCCCUUAAGAAGGUAAAGCUUCUAAAUCAAAGAGAUGCAGAGGAAUAUGGCUUCCCUUUGACAUCGUUGAGGGAAAUUAACAUUCUUGCAUCUUUCAACCACCCUUCAAUUGUAAAAGUUAAAGAAGUUGUCGUAGAUGACCAUGGUAAUGUUUACAUUGUUAUGGAGUACAUGGAACAUGACUUUAAGGGGCUCAUGGAGUCCAUGAAACAGCCUUUUAGCACAAGUGAUGUGAAAUGCUUGAUGUUACAGUUAUUGGAGGGUGUCAAAUAUCUUCACAAUAAUUGGGUGCUCCAUAGGGAUUUGAAAACAUCAAAUCUUCUCUUGAACAACCAAGGUGACCUGAAAAUCUGCGACUUUGGUAUGGCACGACAGUAUGGAAGCCCUCUAAAGCCAUACACCACCAACGUGGUUACUCAGUGGUAUAGAGCACCCGAGCUUCUAUUUGGGGCAAAGACGUAUUCAACAGCAAUUGACAUGUGGUCUGUGGGGUGUAUAAUGGCUGAGCUUUUAGCUAAGGAACCCUUGUUCAGAGGGACAAGUGAAAUCGAUCAGAUAAAAAAGAUAUUUGAUAUGCUUGGUACUCCCAAUGAGAAGAUUUGGCCUGGGUUUUCUGAAUUACCAGGGGCCAAGGCCAAUUAUUCCAGGCAAAAGCAUAAUUUGUUACGUAAAAAGUUCCCUGUAGCAUCUUUUACAGGGUCUGCAGUUCUUUCUGAUACUGGAUUGGACCUGCUAAACCGGCUUCUUUCCUACAAUCCCGAGAAGAGGAUAACAGCGGAUGAUGCUCUCAAUCAUGCUUGGUUCCAUGAGUGUCCUCUCCCAAAGUCAAAAGAGUUCUUACCUACAUUUCCUCCCAAAGUGUAAUUGAACAGGUAUUUGGCUUCAUUCGGGAAGAUGAUAACACUUGAGAAAAUGCAUUUGGGAUCCAGUAUUAGAUUGCAGUUAUGUCUGUUUAUGUUUUCUGCAAUGAUUCUGAGGUGCAUACUAGGAACUAUGAAGGAUCUGGAUCAAAUAUUCAUGGUAGAGUGUUGUUACUUUUCAUCCAUUGACUGUGUUACGGGACUGGUGCAUAAGACCCAUUUGUAUUGGCAGAUGAUUCACACUAUAGGUGCCGCAGUUGAUGUUUUGCAGGCAAUCUAUUGUGAAGAACUAAUUUCAUCAUCCUUUGCCAGGGACAUAGAUGAUUUUAUCAUUCUGUGAGGAUUUGUGAUUGUCCUUAGCUGCAAUUCUAUACAAAGGUCCAACUAUUUCAUGUUACCUUUCUCUUGAAACUCUCCUUUCUCGAUCUCCAUAUUGUAACUGAUGCAACUUCUGUAAAAAAUAUAUUUUGAACUACAUUUGGAAAUUAUUGCUCACAUUAUUGUUUUCUUCAAUGUUCACGUUCCGUGCAAGAGUCCACUGAUGUCAGGAAGCAGAGAGCGUUGGUCUUUUUCUACUCAAGGGAGUAAGUUUACUACUAAGGUAUUUUUAAGCGAUAUUUGUGUUGUGCCCUUGAAAUCAGUUUUCUGCCUCUUGCAUGGUAUUUAACAUGAUCAUAAACAUACUUGUCGAUUAAGGGGGUCCAACUUUUUCAAGGACAAGUAUGAGGUGAACAUGAUAGUUGUUAACAAUUUAGAACCCUUCUAGAGUCAAAAUAACAAAGUUCACCAGCUUUUAACCCUCUUCUGGAGUUGCCUUCUCAUCUUCUCUAACAUAACCUGUGUUAAAACCACCAUUUCACUGAAGUAUCAAUGCAUUAGCUGCAGUUUCCAGCAAUUAUACGUUCAUCAGGGAAAUCUGGAGGCUGUGAAAACAAUUUGUUCCCCAGUUGGUUUCCAAUGCAAAAAAAAAGUAAAUUGGGAUGCAACUAGGAGAGAGAAAAAGGAGUUGAGACUCACUUUUCUUUAGCAAUGUGUUACUAGUGUGAUGGAAAGGUAAUGACAAUGUUAUAUAGUUAUGUUAUCACUCAUCUCUCAACUGUCGGUGAUUUGGUGCUUUGGUGGCAGGCAUAUGGUAGUGUGGUAGUUGUAAUGUGACAAUGUGGUGAGUAUGACAGUGUAACAAUAACAAUGUAAACUAUUU